AUGGUUCAAGAAGAAAUGAGAAAAGGUCCAUGGACAGAACAAGAAGAUGUUCAACUAGUAUUUUAUGUGAAGAUGUUUGGUGAUCGUCGCUGGGAUUUUCUGGCGAAAGUUUCAGGUUUGAAAAGAAGUGGAAAGAGUUGCAGAUUACGAUGGGUUAAUUACUUGAAUCCUGCUCUCAAACGUGGAAAGAUGACUCCUCAAGAAGAACUUCUUGUUCUUCAACUUCACUCCAAAUAUGGGAAUAGAUGGUCGAAAAUAGCUGGGAAAUUACCAGGGCGAACUGACAAUGAAAUCAAAAAUUACUGGAGAACACAUAUGAGGAAGCAAGCUCAAGAUGAGAAGAAGAAUACUAAUAAGGCUUCAAUUUCUCCAUCAUCAUCCAAUUUCUCCAAUUGCUCCUCUUCCUCUGCCAACAGUCCUGCUGAGGACUCCAGUACUGAAAGAAAUGAUUGCGUCGAGUUGUUGCAAGUUGCUGGAGAAAAUAAAAUAUAUGAAGGGGAUGAGCAGAACAUGAUGGUCUAUUCCAUGGAUGAAAUCUGGAAAGAAGUCGAAUCAACUGAAGAAAUCGAAACUAGGAAUGAUUUACCAGUUAUGGCAUCAACGACAUGGGAUUAUAAUUAUUGCCCAGAUUCACUAUGGACGAGUACUCAUGAUCAUUGUUACUUUGACAAUCAUCAAGAUUUCUCAUUUUUUACUGGUUAAUUUGGAGGGACGCACAACAACAACAUAUGUAAUACUACAUGCGAGAUAUGAGGAGGGUAGAAUGUAUGCAGAAGUUACCCCUAGCUAUCUCGCGGAGGAUAUAAUUUGAACUAUUUGUUUAGAGUUGGUGUAGGUUUGUGAGAUGAGUAAUAGUAAUAUUUAGUGAUCACUCUUUGUAUAUAUGUAGAAAAUCCCAUGAUCAGAAGGCACUCUGUUCUGAUCUCUUUAAAUAAUUAUUACCAAGUGUUUCUGAGGCUUAA